AUGUACCUUCCCCGAGGGCUGAUCGCGCACCUUUACCAAAAUCUUACCCGGAGAAAUCAUGCUUCCUCCCCGCCGGUUUUACUUCUCGUUGCCCUUGAACCGGACGCGCUAUGUGCUUGUCGCAUUCUUACCGCGCUGUUAAAACGCGACUACAUCCCCCACAAGAUACAGCCAAUUGCCGGCUACAAUGACCUCUCCCGAGCUGCAGAAGAGCUAGUACGUCCUAUGCGGACUCUCGAGGGUGGUAGCGGCGGUGUUGUGGUGUGUCUAGGUGUUGGAGGCAUGGUAGACUUAGAAGAAAUACUGGGAAUGGAUGUGGACGAGAAUGGGGAGGGUGGACCGGGAGAUGUUGAAGUUUGGGUCAUGGAUUCCAGGAGGCCUUGGAAUCUGUCGAAUGUCUUCGGUUCCCCUAUGGCCCAGGAUCCAGACACGAGAGAGCUCGUGCGGAAACAAGUUGGCGUUGAUAAAGGGCAAAUCCUGAGAAACUAUGAAUCCGGGAGAGGGGGCAUAAUAGUUUUCGAUGACGGCGACAUUGAGGACGAUUUAGAAGCAGAGCGAGAGGCAUAUUGUGCCCUUGCAGACAUGCCUGAAGUUGGGGAGGGCACGGACUCGGAUUCGGAUGAUAACGAUGCGGAUGAUAACGAUGCUCUCCCAGAAUCGGGCCAAGCCCCGAAGAAGAGAAAAUCGUGGGGUGAGGAUGACGAGGCUCAAGACGAAGAGUCUGAGGAUGAGCGCCCGCGACAAAGACGGAGAACAAGCGGGCUUGGAGGAUCGUCCGACUUCUCACGUUCAGAUUCUCCUCGCAGCCGAUCAGUAUCACCAGCCAUCGUUGCACCAAAGGAGAAAUCUGUUAAGAAUCUGCGUAAGCAGUUGCUUGCUAUGCGCAAUGAGUACACCAAUGUACUCGAUAAGUACUAUGAGCUUGGCGCGUCGUAUUCGGAACCAGUAUCAUCUCUCGUUUACUCCCUUGCAUCGGAACUAGGUCGAGAAGACAACGACCUCCUUUGGAACGCUAUCGUUGGGGUUAGCAGUCUGGAACUAUACGGUCGAACGGGAAGUGGAGUAGGCCUCAAUCCACUUUCGGCAGCCGGGGGCUCUGCGGGGUGGAAUGGCGACCGAGGGGAGCGCAUCCGCUCAGUACUUCGAGAUGAAGUUCGCCGAUUGAACCCCAUCGAUCUCAGGGACAUUGCCCGCGAUGUAGGUAUGGGAGACGCAACCGGUGUUAUCCCAACUACUGCCCGAUCAGCCACUGAUACGUCGAUACGACUCUCUCCCGAACCUCGAUUCCUUAUGUUACGACAUUGGAGCCUUUACGAGAGCAUGCUCCAUUCACCCUACCUUUCAGCUCGCUUACACAUCUGGAGUGAUGCGGGAAGGCGAAGACUCGACAAAUUGCUUGCCAAGAUGGGCGUCAGCCUGACACAAUGCAAGCAGAACUACACCCACAUGGACAUGGAGCUGAAACGUGGUCUCAGAGAAAGACUACUGAAGUUUGCACCCGUCUACGGCCUUGACGGACUUGUCCCACCACCUCCUCGAAAUGGCGAUAUGAAAGACGGCUGGGGCUUCGUUCGUUGUUGGGGCUGGAAAGCAUGUCUAAGUGCUAUUGACGCUGGCGUUAUCCUCGGAGCGAUUCUCGAAGUCGGCGACGCAAAAAGCUUAAACCAAUCGAGCUUCGACCACUCAAACUUCAUCGGAGCUCAGGACCGCUCAGAGAUGGUCAAUGACAGAGCACAAAAUGGCGACAUGGUGCUAGACGCACAAGAAUACAUAACAGCUCGAUUCUGGACCGCCUACGAUGCCUUAUCCUCUAUCGACCUUCUUCGCGACCACAUUAAUACCGCCCAACACCUGCAUCGUGCUAUUCUCCGCACCGGAACAACGCUAAUAGAAAAGAAACAAAUACGCCAUCUACGUUCAUUUCGCAUGGCGGUCGUUCGAGAAGGGCCAGACGUUCAGCUUUUCACACACCCUGGCGCUCUCACAAAGCUAGCCCUUUGGAUCGCUGAAGCAAUUGUCGAGCUCAACGGCACUAAGGGGAAGCACAAGGGUAGUGAGCUCGUAAUGGCCGGCCUUGACGACUCACGAGGUCUAGAACGUAUGACAAAGAGAGAAGAACGAAAGAAACAGCGAGAGAAGAAGAAACUCGCCAAAGAAAGAGAAAGGGCCAAGAAAAGACAAGCCCGAAUCCAACGCAAUCUCGCCGCUGGUCUUGAGGAAGACGAAGUCGAGGAUGAAACUGAGGAGGAAGAAACAGAGAGUGAGGCGAGUGAUGCAGAAACUGAAGAGCAGGAAAUGAGAGGUUUUGGUAGGAAUAGAUUUGGUCUUGCCUUUCAAGAGGUUGUGAGAGAGACGCAGGCUAGGGUGAGGAUGGAUAGUUUUGAGGCAUGUGUUAUUGAGAUUAAGAAGGAGGACCUGAGUGGCUUCUUAGAGAGGCUGAGUAUGAAGGCUGUUGUUGGAUAG